AAUGCAGAUUUAUUUUUACAGUCAUCUUUGAUCAUAUUUAUCAAGGGUGCCAAUAAUUCUGACCACAACUGUAGAUACAACCUUUGUGAGCAUAAGAGACUUCAAAAAAAAAAAAUCUGUAUUUUACAGUAUGUGCACUUUCAAUGCACUCACAGUGUACUUACACAGCGUACUUACAAAACGUCUCAGGUUACGCAGGUAACCAUGGUUCGCUGAGAACAGGGAACGAGACAUUGCAUCCUAGAACGCUAAUGGGGAUGCCUCCGUGGGAACAGGUGUCUGAAACGCUAUCAAAUCACGCCAAUCGUAUUGGCCGGCAACAGCCUAUGACGUCACUACUAGUGCGACCCGAACGCACAUAAGGGGCGCCUAGAGAACAAGUCGACCACUUAUCGUCUGAAGGGACUGUUCAGCAGGCGGCCCGAGGCAUGGCAGGGAGAUGCAAUGUCUCGUUCCCUGUUCUCAGGGAACCAUGGUUACAUGCGUAACCUGAGACGUUCCCUUUCGAAAGGGAACUCGCAUUGCGUCCUAGAAUGCUAAUGGGGAAUGAAAUACCCAGGCCGCCAUGCUGAGGGGAGUGCAUGCCAAAGAAUGUCUGACAAAGAAAAAACAGAUGGACAAUUCCAACAGAAAUGUCAAAAUCACUCCUCCUAUGGGUCUAAUAGGCUGUCAGUGACAGCAUUCCCUACGGCCAACGCCCAAGCUAUAAGCCUCAAAGAGGCCCCCAGAAAUAUCCACCUACCAAGGCCGUUUAAGGGCUUGGAACCAACAACUUCAAACAGAAGGGGUCCCUUUAAGGGAAUGUGGUUUAGGGAGCCGAAAGGAGCCCCGGCCAGUCACUUCUCAGGGGAUAGUCUGAUAGUCAAUAGUCUACCUUUAACGCCACCAGGGAGGCCGAACUGGUCCUAUCUUAGUGACCUAGUCUGGCCAGCAACCUGUCUGUUACCUAAACAGAGUCUCUAAAGCACUUGCCUCCAGAGGAGGAUUCCAGAAAGAGGGACUGCAAACUGGCAGUAACCAACGGGCAUCCUGGGGAGUAGGGCUCAGCAAAGCACUUAAAACCCUUGCAAUCGAGGGGAAUUACUCCGCUCCACCUAGGAUCUACAGAGCGCUUCUAAAACAAGGCACUCUGGAGGCUGAGUACUCUACAUAGGGUCCCUAAUGAGAGGCAUACCUCCAGCCCCAACAGGAGCUAAUCUACCAAGGGAGUUCUUACUAAGAGAAUCUCUUAAACCUUUAAGACCAACUUAUGAAGCGAGGUCCUCUAUAUAACGACCCACACAAGAGAGGGGAGUACCUACAGCCUAAAAUACUGAUCUACCAGGGAGGUCUCACAAAAGACCUUUAACCUUCCGACCAGAACUCAGGAGCGCUGUACUCUAAGGAACGACCCUCAAUGCGAGGGUAGUACAAACUAGUCUCAACCGAGAUGAGUAUUAACCAAGCUCACGCAAGUACAGGGAGGCUCCUGAAGAGCCUACAUUCUGAUAUAACUCUAGGGAGUUAGGAUACAAACUUAGCUGGAUGUGCCAAGGACCUACUCGACCCAGAGGAUCGCCUUCAAGGUGGCUCGCUCGAGGGCCAACUACUUGCUAGCAGAUCUAGAAUUCCAGGGCUAGUAUCAGGGAGGCUCCACUGGAGCCUGGGCUACCUCAUAACCAUCUGCUCAACUCUAGGAAACUAGGACAUGAUGGAACCUAGCUCAACCAGGAGGAUCGCUCCCAAGGAGACCCAAGGAGGGUCAGCUACUUGGUAGCAAAUCAAACUCCAGCAGAAACAGCCACUAGAGGUAUUGCAGGCUUGUAAUACUCGUUUGCAUUGCCAUAACGAGCCGUGUACUCAGCAUAACGCUUUCUAGCCUUAAAACAAGGGGAGUACAAAUCUAUGCGACCAGGCUUAUGAGGAGGCCUUAGAUAGGGCCUACCACUCUAGCGUAACACGGCCACAGGCCCGGGGCUAAUGCUCGAGCUCCAAGGGAGCGUGCUCAACUCGCCCUGAAAGGAGGGAGUACUUGAUACGCUUAACCUGAGCGUCGCUGGUGAUGGGCACAUAAGGGCCACAGAACUCUGGGAGCGAAGUGAGCUAAACUGAAAAAGAGCUCAAGGUUGUUGUUUUUUUUCUGAAAACCUGAGCAAAAACUCUUGCUCCAAGAUGAGAAAGACUGUCUGAGCUCAGCUCCGGAGGAAUGCAGGCCCCAACAGGAAGAAAUUCCACAGGUGGGGCCUACAACACUCGACCCCACGACUUGAUAAAAAUCAAGGAGCUUAUGGCUGAGAGAUUGCUCUAAGCUCGACCAGAUAAAGCUACUACCAAAGCUUUAGAGAGCGGAGACUUCAGCAUAGUGCUUUCCAUUCUCUAAACGAGAGGAAAUCUAACAAUGCUCAAGGAUAACCAUCGGGGAGGCUUUCUAUGAAAGCCUACAACACCUGGCUAUCUGUCUGUGCCUAACACCACUAGGGAACUAAAGCUCAGCAUAGCGCCUUUACUCUAAUAUCAAGAGGAGCCCCAGCUCGACCUAGGCAAUUUGAGGCCGCAAAGCCUGCUACUCACAUUAAUAGCCUAAUGCAGAAGGCGGGCCCUGGCCAGGGAUGACUCUCAAUGAGAGGAGUCGUACUAGGAUAACUAGCUGCCAGUCCUAAGCAGGAGAGGCUCUCCUAAGAGUAGCCUACUCCGAGCUACGGCAUGCUAGGAGGCGGAAAAGCUACAGCUUAACUGCCUCUGUCUAAAAGACAUUCCUAAAGUACUAACCUAGGCCAGAUAUAGGGGCGGCUCAAAAAGAAGGGCCGACCCACACGCACUCAUGACCUCCCUGGAGCUCAAUGGAGUGGAGACUUCAGCCUAACGACUCUAAAGAAAGGAUGCCGGCUCAUAACACACAGGUGAACUCACCACCUGGAGCUCAAUGGAGCGGUGGCUUCAAAUAGAGACUCUCAAACGAGAGGAAGCCAGCUCACUUACCACAGGGUAAUGUCAAGGCGGCCCAAAGGGGGCCGACACCCACAGUCAUGAUCUAUCUGGAGCCCGGGGGAGCGAAGGCUUCAGCAUAUCGCCCUUUACCCUCUAACAAGAGGAAACCACUUCACUCGACCUAGGGAAGGUAUUAAGGGGGCCUAACAAAGGCCAUACACCUCAAUCGUGAUAUUACCUGGAGCUCAGCAUAGCGGUGGCUUCAGCAAAAUGACUCUCUUCAACGAGAGGAAGCCAACUCACUCAACCAGAAGGAUUAUCAGGGCAGCCCCGAAGGCCUGAGCACCUGACAUAUCGACUAUCUGGAGCUCAGAUGAGCAACAGCCUAGAAAACCGACUCUCAGAACGAGAGGAGGAGAUGCCAUUCACUACAGGGAGCUGAGGUCACUGAAUUUUAAAUGGCUCUCACGAAAGGAGAGGUAACCUAAAGCUCAACCUGAGACCUUAAAGAGCAGAGGCCUAAAUGUAAAAGUGGCCUGCCAUACUCUGCAGUCUGAAAGGAUGCGCUGACUAACAAGCUCUGUGCCGGACACAGAAGUGUUCCAAAUGAUGAAAAAAAAUAAAAAAAACCCACAUCAUCGGUCCAGCCUCAGGCCUGAUGUAAAACGCCUGAGAUAAAGAAAUGUCCCUUUUAAUCCUUUCUAUAGGGAGCUGAGGUCGCUAAAAUUAUAAUCAUUCUCACAAAAGUGAGGCGACCUACAAAACUCAACCUGUGACUACAAAGAGCGGAAGACUUAAUGUAAAUGAGGCCUGCCAUACUCAUGCAGACUGAAAGGAUGCACUCACUAUCAAGCCCGAUGCGGGACAACAGGAAGACUGAACAGAAACAAUCAUCCCUGUCCCCUGUCUCUGUAUCAAUUGAGGCGUCCAGUAUGUCUAUGUCGCCCACCUCAUCACAACUGAAGUAUGUAUCUCUGGGGGUGCUGGUACUGCAGACCACCUCUUUGGUGCUGACAAUGCGUUAUUCCCGCACGCUGCAUUCUGAAGGUCCACGCUACCUGGCAUCAUCUGCCGUGGUGUGUGCUGAAGUUCUUAAGCUUAUUGCAUGCUUGCUGCUCGUCUUUAAAGAUCACCGUUUCAGUGUUCGUGCACUGAAUCGGGUGUUAAAAGAGGAAAUAAUCAACAAGCCUCUGCUGACGCUGAAGUUGGCAGUUCCCUCAGGCAUCUACACCCUGCAGAACAACCUGCUCUAUGUGGCUCUAUCAAAUCUAGAUGCAGCUACCUAUCAGGUUACAUAUCAGCUGAAAAUUCUCACUACAGCCCUGUUCUCCGUGUCCAUGUUGGGCAAAAGCCUGGGCAUUUACCAGUGGCUCUCACUAGUCAUUCUGAUGGCUGGCAUUGCACUUGUCCAGUGGCCAACUGAAGUCAAAUUAAGCGCCCAGCAGCAGGAUCUGACUGCCAGCUCUCAGCUGAUGGGACUGCUGGCGGUGCUUGUGGCCUGCUUCUCCAGUGGAUUUGCUGGCGUUUAUUUUGAAAAGAUCCUCAAAGAGAGCAAGCAGAGUGUCUGGGUCCGUAAUAUUCAGCUAGGUUUAUUUGGACUCAUUUUUGGACUUGGCGGAGUGUUUGCAUGUGACGGAGAAAGAGUGAGGGAAAAUGGACUCUUUCAAGGGUACAACAAAGUGACAUGGGCUGUGGUGGCUCUUCAGGCUUUGGGUGGGUUGGUCAUUGCAGCUGUCAUUAAGUAUGCAGAUAACAUCCUGAAGGGCUUUGCCACAUCCAUCUCAAUCAUUCUGUCCACCCUCAUCUCUUAUUUCUUAUUAGAGGAUUUUGACCCUACAAGCGUGUUCUUCUUGGGUGCGAUGCUGGUUAUCGCUGCGACAUUUCUCUACGGGUAUGAGAGCAUAUCUGAGGUCAACUCCAGUAAAGUAUAGAAGACUGGACAGGAAAUGAUAAAUGACCCAAAACAAUCAUCAGGAGUGUCUGCUAAGAUACUCUGCUUCAGAUGAAGUUCAGGACAAGAGAACCGGUGAUAUUUUAAGGGUGCUAUUAAAAGGUAGCACAAAAAAAACAACAAGUGAACCUAAGAUUACAACCAUCCAGAACUUGAAUUGUACUCCGUGUUCCAUAUCAUUUAAUCAUAACAACACAGCACUAUGAUGAGACCACAACUACUUCAGACUCUUUAAGUUGGCAGGAUUGUUUGUUACACUCGGCUGAGGACAUUUAAGGACUGUUUACAUAUAAUGAGGGAUCUCUGUGAUAGAGCUUCACAAAUUCCACACGUUAAAAUUUGCAUAUUUAUUUUGUGUGCCAUACAUGGGAUUGUUUUACUUGAAUGUAUCCUUUGAGAAAUAUAAUUUUCUUAAAGCCAAUAAAAAGGUGUUCCUAAAAA